GAAAACCCGGCAGACACUUCCACAGGAGCAUUCCUGAUCUGCCAGGAGAAACCAGGACUACGUUUCACCCCAUCGGACCACCUUGGGAGUCCCCCAAACUUCCUGGCCGCCAUGAAGACGGGGACCAUCCUUUGUCUUCUCGUGUGCCUUGGAGCUGCAAGUGCGUUGUCGAGGAAACAGGAGGCUGCCGAACAGAAUCGCAGGAAGGUGGCCACGCCGAGUCAAAAGAAGGAGGUUCUUGAUGAGGAAUACGAGGAUGAUGCGGAAUUAUCCGACGAGUGUCCAGAAUCUAAUGGCUACUUUGCCGAUGCCGAUCAAUGCGACAAAUACUACGACUGUCGGAACGGCAAGCCCACGGAGAAACUUUGCCCGGAUGGUCUGGUUUUCAACGACUUCAGUCCACAGCACGAGAAGUGUGAUUUACCCUUCGGAAUAGAUUGCUCGAAGAGGCCGAAACUUCAAAAGCCUCAGCCAUCGAUGCACUGUCCUCGCAUGCACGGAUACUUCGCUCACGAAGACCCCAGAAUAUGUGACACGUUUUAUUACUGCGUGGAGGGUAAAUUCAACAUGAUCACCUGCCCUGACGGGCUGGUCUUCUCUGAGAAAACAGGAAUCUGCAAUUGGCCUGACGAGGCGCAGAAGAAGGGCUGCGGCUCGAGGGAACUCUUCAACUUCACCUGUCCCAAGGUUGACGAUUCCGUGGCUGCGACUCAUCCUCGGUAUCCGGAUACUGAGGAUUGCCAAUACUUCUACGUAUGUGUCAAUGGAGAAAUUCCAAGGAGAAGUGGCUGCAAGCUUGGUCAAGCUUUCGACGAGAGUACCGGGAAAUGCGAUUGGGCUAGGAAAAUUCCUGAGUGCAAAGACUGGUACAAGGGUCAGUUGACUGACGAGGAGUUGGAUGCUUUGGAGAACCCGCCAAAAAAACCAAGACUCACGGGAGGACCUUCAAGAAGGAAGGGCAACAGACCCACCUAGAUCAGAGAUCAAACCUAAUGUAUAUUAAGUGCGCGUAAUUUUAAUUAUAUUUCUAUAAUAAAGUAUGUUUACAGUAAA